CAACGGAUUGUAGCUCACAAUUGCAACAGCGUCGAGGAGGUCAAGCGCAUUCCUCCCUCAGCCUCCAACCUCUCGUGUCGGAUAUCCGCUUCCAAACAGUCCAUAUACCAUGGCAUACCCUGGCGAGAAAAAUCCGGCUCCGUCCGCAUUCACACCGUAUCUUGAUGCCGUCAACGGUCUGUUCCAACCGAUGACAGGUCCAGUGAUGAACACGUACAAUCGAUUCCAUGGAUGGAAGGAGAGUAUGGGUCUGAUUCAGCCCGGAACAGUGGAGAAUUUGACCAGGGAGAUCUCUCAGGUUCAUCUCGCCAACUGGGCAUUUGAAGGUGCCAGAGCGGACGUUUCCAAAGUCGUCUCGGGCAGUCCUGCUUUCCAGCUCACUCACUCUUUCGCCCUUGGAUCAAGUAGCAAGCCUUCCAGUUACAAUUUCGGCGCGGUGUUUGCCAAUGCUCAAACUUUGCUGCAAGGAGGAGUUGAUGGAUCUGGUGUGGUGACGAUGAGAGCGAAUCAGACAUGGUCAGCGACAGAUGUCACCAAGGUUCAGGGUCAGUUGUACAACAAACCUGGACAAUCGAUGUUGCAGAUCGAGCACGACCACCUGGGACCUCAUUACUCUUUAUCCCUCAAGACAAUGAAUCCCGGUCUCCUAGAUGGUACCGGCAUCCACUUCGUCUCCCUCCUCCACUCCAUCUCACCUCGGCUGUCUCUAGGAUUCGAGAGUAUAAUUCAACAUCCUCAACCUGCCAUCCUCGAGACCUCGACGUCUUACCUCGCGAAAUUGACAUCCCUGCCCAAUCCAUACGCUGCUCUUGCUGCCACCUCCCCCACAGGGCAACCCCUCUCCGCGCCAUUCUAUCCUUCCUGGACUGCUACGGCCCAGUUGCAACCAUCAGGAAACAUUCAAGCGACGUAUCAUCAACGCUUGAGUGAAAAGGUUGACGUGGCUCUUGAUUUCCAGACCCUUAUCCAACCUGCGUCUAUGAUGGGACCGGCGAAGAGAGAGGCUAUCUGUACUGCCGGCGCCAAGUACGACUUCAGAAUGGCAACAUUCAGGGGUCAGAUCGACUCCAACGGUACCGUCGGCAUGUUGCUGGAACAGCGAUUCACACCGGCGUUUGCGUUCAUGGUGUCUGGCGAGAUUGACCACUCCAAGAACACGUCCAAGUUCGGUGUGGGCAUCAUGAUUGAAUCUUCGACCAUGACACAGGAAGAGAUGAUCGCUGCGGGCAUGUUGACGCCUGUGCCUGGACCAUGAUGUGGAUGUCUGAAGACGGAGAAGAAAAUGAGACGAUGGCACAUCUUAUCACAGUCGACUCUGCAGGUUGACAUGGCCUCUUGAUGAUAUUGCAUUGGUGAGAUACCGGGGCCCGCCAUAGCUAUAUCUACAUGUAUCACUUUUCAGAGACAUCGGGAUGUCUCGCAG